UGGUUCCGUGACGCAAAUAAGGAAGAUACCAACAUGGCGGACUACAUUGUUAACGAGGAUUAACAUGAAAACAAAGCAUGAAGGAACAGAAUAGAUGGAGAGAUUUCAAAACGUGAGAUGUUCAUAUUGUAGUGUAUUGUGAGAUAUCUUUAACUGCUAGUCAUGGGCACAAAACAAAGCACACCAGCUCAGAGACCACGGACAUUUUCAGGAAGUGGCCCUGUGCCCGGGGGUUCGGGGGCAGAAGUCGCAGUAGGCUCUGGUGGGUCUGCGAACACUCGUUUACGAGCUCGCAGUUUAGGACAUUUUAGCGCAUCAACUCCAACUGGUUUAGUAAUACCAGGUGGAGCCACUGCCAUGAAUGGCGAGAGGCGAGGAGCAGGAUCUCCAGACUCGGACUCUAGUACCCCAGAAGAGGGCCCCUCAUUUGGCAGAACGUUUGCGCAAUCCCUACCUUUACACCUUUUUGCACUCCAGGGCAUUAAAUGUCCGGUGUGUGCCAAGUUUAUACCUCCCGAAGAAAUUGAGUGUCACUUAGUGAUAUGCUUGACCAAACCUAGAAUCAGUUACAAUGAGGAUGUCUUGGUAGAAGACAAAGGAGAGUGUGUGAUAUGCUUUGACGAAUUAGAGAAAGGGGAUACUAUAGCCCGGUUGCCAUGUUUGUGUGUAUACCAUAAAGGGUACGUUACAUGUGGUAAAGAUGAUCGAUAUGAAGUGUGUAUUAUUUUUUGGAAAAAUGAUUGUAAAUAAACAUUUACCUGAAUUUGUUUAGACACAUUGAAAGUGAUUUGUUUUUUGAGAAGGGGUGAUAAUGAAAGUCUCGUUUAUGAAUUAUGUAAUUAUACAGUAGAUCUGAAUCGUUUAAAUCCAUGGGGGCCAAUUUUCAUGAACUGUGAAGAUUUGACAGUUGUAUUGGGAUGUAAUUUUGGGAAUUUUUCUGUACAGUGAAACAAUGCACUAGUGUACAUGUUCUGUAUUUUGUUGAGAUUUUUUAUUCAUUGGAUAGGGCUAUCAAAGAACAGGGAAGUCUCACGAAAUAAUUAUUAUAAUGAUUCAACAUUUUAUCAAUGACUGCUCUUUUAGACAGGUAAGAAAACAGUCAUUGAUACAUUUUUGCUAUUUACAGAUGCAUUGACAAGUGGUUUGAGAAAAAUCGUUCAUGUCCAGAACAUCCCUCAGAUUGAAUGAGAGAGAUCUGAACAGCUUGAUCAGCACCGGUCUUUAGAGUUAGACAUUUCUUCAGCAGAGAUCACACAUCAAGCAAUUGUACUGAUACAUUAUGGGCUUUCAUUGCAAACUUUGUGUAUUCUUGCAACUGUAUUCUUCAUGCUGUACGACACAUAGGUUGAUAUUUGGUGCCAGGUCAUUGAAGGGAGACGUAACAAUUUGAAAUUGCGACUAAGGAAACCCCCAUUUCCUGUUGAGCGUGUAUAUUUGGCCUAUAGAUAAACAGUAGUGUAUGUAUUCAUCACGACACAAGUCGGAGUCUGUGGCUCGCAUCCUAUUAGGAUGUUUACUGCAACUGCAUAUCAAAGAGUGUUUCAUUGCUUCCCAUCAAUUCUAGUGCAUAUCUUUCACAACACAUCCUGGCUUUCGUUUUGGUAAACAGUUAUAAAUCUGACAGAAUGUAUAUAUAAAUUUCAUAAAGCAUGAAUGGAUAAAUCUAUCAUUUCAUUAUGAGAUUAUUAUCAUUCGUAACUGUAUGCACGUUUCAUUUUCUCGUUAAUUUUUUUUUUUUAUCAGGUCCAGUAUAGAUCUAUUGUUGAUUGGUACAUGUGCAGUACCGAUUUUGAUAACACAUUUGAAUGUAGCAGAAUGUUUGAUACCAAUAUUAGUGGUACAUGUAACUAGAUGUAAAAGUCUACUGAGUUAAACUGCACUUGUGACAGUCUUAAAGAAAAUCAGCUUUUUAUGACGAGUAUGUACCUUGUUAAACCAAUAUACCUGGACUAUGAUUUAGUGAGAUCAACAACAAGAUACAUGUUUGUGAGAUGUAAAAAUCAGAAUUUUUUUUGAAAAUGAACUACUCGAUAGUGUAAUAUGUACAUAUAGAGAAAGCCUAAUAAACCUGCAAACAUAGUAAAUACUCAAAUGAAAAAUUUCUUUUCCAUUGAAACAAACAGAAUAAUAAUACUGUGAUGCAAAGUGCCCCAUUACAACUGAGUGUGUAAAUAUGACCUGAAACCUGAUGAGCAUUAUGUAUACAAACAUCGGCUGACACACAUACCACUGCAUUAUCCACACCAUUGGGGUCGAUCACAAUCAACAUGAAAUGAAUAUUAUGAGAGAUUACUGUAUCAUCAUUAAAAUCAUUUCGGUUUUAAAAUCUUCUAGGAUUAUGUUCUUUCAUCAUGCAAAGUGACUGCCUCGUUUAUUAUUGGGGUAGAGUACUGUAUAUUGAGGUGUUUCAUAAGGGGCAAGAUCAAAAGUACAAUGUCUGACAAAAAACUAAAUUCCCGUAGUUUUCAUCAACACGCUCACAUACCCUUUCCUUAAGAAUGUUGAAAAUGAUAAAAUGAAAAUUGAUGUCAAAUGACAUUAAACUUACUGGAGUUUUUAACACACACACCCUCCCAAAUAUUUGAAUUUGGAUUUUUAUCCAACAUUGGUCAUUUGAUCUUUCCCUUAAGUGUUGUUUGAUUUAAAUAUCUUUGACGGGGUAGAUUUGAUAUUCUUGUAAAAAGGGAGAAAGUUCUAGAUAUUAUGAUUUAUGGUAGUACCAGAAACUUACAUGUAACUUUAUGUGUAGUAAAUUGCUUUAAUACAGAAAAGGAAUGUAACUCCUGAUAAGAAGCCUAAAACACCCUAGUCCUGCACACCUCACCUUUCAUUGAAUUCAUCUGAUGAAGAAAGAAAGUGUGCCAUUUUUGGAUCUCAUUCAUGAUUAUACAUGUAUAUGAAAUGGUUACAUAGUUCUGAGUUCGAUAAAAAUAGAUUUUUUUUUCUUUCGUACAUAUAAGUACACAGAAAACAAUUUUAUGUGUUGUAUCCUCCUUUAUAACAUAAAGGCACGUGGACUCUUAAAUGGCAAAAUUGGAAUUCAUGAAAACAUAAUCAGAUAUAUUGCUUUCAGAGUGUGUUUUGAUCUUUGAAUUGAGAGAAAUAAACUUUUUGCAUGCCACAAAACAAGUUCAACUGGUUGAAAGUGUCGUCUCCACAGUUUAAAUACGUUUUAUAAUCAAAUAGUUCAUUCAAAUGAGUAUGACUUAGAAAGUUGCCAUAAUAUUUUGAAACAUUUUUCCAGAAAGAACUGUCGUAUAUGGUAAGGGCCUAUGAUUUGACCCAUGUAAGGAUGUCUUUCAAUUUUUGUAAAGCAAAGGUAGCUUUAUUUUGAUGAUGAGUCUUUGCACAAAUUUCUGAUAUAUAUGUGUGUGUCAUAUAUACAUGUAAUUAUCCCAAGAUGUACAACUUUUCUAAAUUAGAAAGUGUCCUCUUUUGUACUUUUUUCCUCUCCAUAAAAUAUAGGGUGACUUUUUCUGAGAAAGGUUCAUAUUGUUAUUUCAUUUUUGAAGAUAUGCAAAUUGGUGUAAAAAAAAUUCUUCGUGUUCACAAAGUCGAUCUAUGCUUUUGAGACAAAUUCAACAAAAGUACAUUUUCAAGGUGAAAAACAACAGACGAUGAAAGGUGUCAUUUCUGAAGUCAUAUUAGGCCUAGAAUAAAAAUUGUUGUGUUUUCACUAACCAUACUGACCCUGGACCACAGAAUUUUUUCAAAGAUAUUGUUCAAGAGAUUAUUGAGACAUAUUUUUGGAGUUGACACUUGUAAUUACUUUGUAGGUAAUUUAUAUCAUAGUAUAUUCAUUUAUAAGUUGCAUUUAUUGUGAAAAAAUAUCCCUUCAUGUUAAAUAUGUUGAUAUAUCUGCAACUUGAAUGGAGGUUGUUUUCAGAAUUUUUUUCUUGUGUAAUCUUAAAAUUAAGUUUGAGAGAAGAAAGAAAAGAAAGUAGAAUUUAUUUUCUACUGUACCUACUCUAAGUUUGACUUGGGUGUUAGCAGAAACACAGCAAUUUAUAUUUUUGGCCUUACAAGAAAUGGCAUGAAAUUUGUUGUGAACAUUAUUAGGGUUUUGUCACAAAAAUAUUAAAGUUUAAUAAAAAUGUAUCUCAAAGCUCUCAAGUUUUCACAUGAAUUUUCACAUUUUUAGGGGCCAAAUUAGGCACUUAUCAUAUGUAGUUCUUCGAAAACAUAUUGCAGAGAUGGGUCGACAGUGCCUUGAAAUAACUUUUCAAUAUCCUGAAUCAUGUCGAAAAUCACAUAUUACAGAAUGUAAAAACUGAAGACAAAAAAAAAAAAAAUGAAACUUUGAAACAAUGUUAUAACUGAUUUAUUGAGUUGGUAAGUUGUACCUGUGUUGAAUUGGUUGAAAGCAAUAACAGUCGUAUUUGGGGUAUGUUUUGCCUUAAGCCAGUCACAAUGAUCAAGAGUCUUGAUUUAUAAUAUAAAUUUUAUUGUUGUGCUUUAUUUAUUUUUUUCAAGUUUGUUUCUUGUGAAAUUAAUAUUAUUUGUAGUUUUAACCUUAUGUUUUGUAGUAAGUAUUGUUCAUUUAUUCAGUAUUUGCAUAACCAUUUUAACUCACCUAAGCUUUUCUGAUCACCUGCUGUCUGUAAACUUAUUUAACACAGAUUCAACUUUUUGAGAACCAGAGGGCCAAAAUGAAUCAAACUUGCCAUAAAACAUCUUUAUGUAAAGGGGAUUUAAAAAAUUUUCAGACAAAGGGUCAGGCCCAUCUCAAAGGGGAGAUAAUUAAGAAAUGGUGAAAAUGUGGUGGCAUCUUUUGAUAAUCUUCUGAAGAACCAGAAAAGACAAAACUUACACUAAAAGCUUUGUUAAUGAUUGGAGAUUACUAUCGAUUCAAAUCAUGGUCUUUAGGAGUAGGAUGGGGCCACGAUGGGGGAUAAAUGUUUUACAUGCAGAUAUGUUUAGGAAAAUUCUUCUCAAGACCAGCAGGGCCACCCAUGUUUUGUGAUCAUUAAUAUGUAAGCAUCUUCAGGUACUGAAUUUAUAUAUAAUCAUUGAAAAUUUUCUUAAGAACCACUGAUUAGAUAUAUUAAUCUACAAGCAUCCCAAUGUAGUGCAGAUUCAUUUAUGACUAGAGAGAGUUUAAAUAGUUUUACGCAAAUGUUCUGGGUUAUUGGGGGGGGGGGGGGGGGGGGGGGGGGGGGGGGGGGCAUUUUAGUUAUAUUGAUAUUAAGGCAUAACCAUUUUGUGUGGAUUCAAGUCUCAGUCAAGUUACAACCACAUGGGUUUAGGUUGCGGUCAAUAUUUGUCUUGGAUUAUAAAAUCUUCUGAAGAACAGCAAGACUAAGGUGACUCAGGUGAGUGUUGUGGCCCAUGGGCCUCUUGUUAUGUUGUCUAACUAUUGCACUGGAAGCUAAAUGAUUGAAGAUUGUUAUAAUUUUCACUGUUCAAUACAAGUCACUGUUUUUCACUCCAAUCUUCUGAUGUCAUCAAAGGUUAGACUUCACAUGACCUUAUAGUCAGACUUCACAUGACCUUAUAGUGAACUCAGAAAUGAAUUAGCACACCGACAGAAAACCAUAGUUCGAAUCUGCUUGAAAAGUUGUAAAUCAUUUUUUUCAAUUUAAGUCAUCACUCAAGUAAGUUUGUUUUUGUUAUGUUUUUGCAAUAUAUAUGCAGAUCAUUUUGUAAAUUAUUCAUGUUUUGUGGUUUAUUUGUAAAUAAAUUAUCAUUUUAUAUUGA